GUGUGUGGUGUGUUUAUUACGCGGUCUGGUUUAUCUGACCGUGUUUAAAUGUUAGGUUUUUUUUUUUCUCACUUAAAAAAAGACGGUUUACAUGCGUUUGACUGGAUGCGGCAAAUUUUUAAGUUACCGUAAACUCGGUAGGACUGCGUUAAUCUAAUACAUUUAUCUGGAUGGUGGCUGUCUCUUGGGGCCCACCUUAGGAGGUGCUCAGCGCAACCAUAAACCCUAACGUACCUGGUCCUUGUCGCUAUGACCAAGACCAAGUGUGCCAGUGCAGCCUCCGGGUCUGAGCAGGUCAACAACGGCUCUCUGGAUCCGACCUGCUCACCUGGCUGUCCGGAUCUCAUCACACCUGUCAAAGUCAAGGUGAUGAAGCAGACCUCCAGGGAGAACCUCCACCGGAGAAACACGGAGUGUGAAGUGUACGAUGAUGGCACCAACACCUUCUUCUGGCGAGCACACACUUUAACUGUGCUGUUCAUUCUGACUUGCGCUCUGGUCUACGUCACAUUGUUGGAAGAGACUCCUCAGGAUACCACCUACAACACCAAGAGGGGGAUUGUGGCCAGCAUCCUUGUGUUUCUUUGCUUUGGAGUGACCCAAGCCAAAGAUGGACCUUUCACCAGACCACAUCCAGCUUACUGGCGGUUCUGGCUUUGUGUCUCUGUUGUAUAUGAGCUGUUUCUCAUCUUCAUCCUAUUCCAGACUGUGCAUGAUGGACGGCAUUUCAUGAAGUAUAUUGACCCCAAGCUGGGUGUACCCCUCCCCGAGAGAGACUAUGGAGGAAACUGCCUACUCUACGAUCCAGGAAAUGUCACAGAUCCCUUCCACAACAUCUGGGACAAGAUGGACGGUUUUGUUCCAGCUCACUUCUUGGGUUGGUAUAUCAAGACACUGAUGAUCCGGGAUUGGUGGAUGUGUAUGAUAAUCAGUGUCAUGUUUGAGUUCCUGGAAUAUAGCUUGGAGCACCAGUUGCCCAACUUCUCUGAGUGCUGGUGGGACCAUUGGAUCAUGGAUGUGUUGGUGUGUAACGGUCUGGGGAUCUACUGUGGCAUGAAGGCGUUGGCCUGGUUGUCAAUGAAGCCCUACCAAUGGCAGGGCCUCUGGAACAUUCCUACAUACAAGGGGAAGAUAAAACGUAUCGCUUUCCAGUUCACCCCGUACAGCUGGGUGAAAUUUGAGUGGAAGCCUGCCUCCAACCUCCGUCGCUGGCUUGCUGUGUUGGGCAUCAUCUUCAUGUUCCUCUUGGCUGAGCUGAACACCUUCUACCUGAAGUUUGUGCUGUGGAUGCCCCCAGAGCACUACCUGGUGCUGCUCCGCCUGGUUUUUUUUGUCAAUGUGGGAGGUGUAGCCAUGAGGGAGAUCUAUGACUUCAUGGAUGACCCGAAGUUUUACAAGAAGCUCGGGCAGCAGGCCUGGCUGGUGGCAGCGAUCACAGUGACUGAGUUCCUGAUUGUGGUGAAGUAUGACCCCAAUACCAUCAUGCUGCCCAUCCCCUUCUUCAUCAUUCAGUGCUGGAUCUUAGGAAUCCUCCUCAUCUUCAUUUGGACGCUGUGGCGCUUCUUUAUCCGUGACAUCACACUCCGCUACAAAGAAACCCGUCGGCGCAAACAGGAAACUCCGACAGAGUGGGACCGCCCUCUGGCCAACAGCAGCUUGGCCACACCCUCUGGGCGGAGCAAACUCAACGGCAGCUCUGAGAUGCUGCGACAGAGAAAGUCCUGAGGGGAUUAUGGGCUGGAGGCAGUCGUCAAAGUUCUCAGCACUGAUUCCAAAAAAUAGAGACCAAUUUUUAGAGAACGGAAAACACUCGAGAUAAAUCGCAGCACCAGUGUGAACCACACCGGCAUUCAGGCAGUGCAUGAUCUCGUUGUCACCGUGGAUUUACCUCAUUCUGUUUUUAGAAGACAUGAAGCUCGUGUGUGUUACUGGAUGUUUGGGAGAAACUGAGUGUGCAGCAGAUGUGGCACAAGUUCUUAUAUGGAACCAAGAAAAUGGAGAGAUUUGUGACCAAAGUGCCAGCAGCAGAGUGGACUCCUGACAGAACCUGGGAUCAGUGUCACAUUGGAUGAGGAUGUUUAGGUGUGUGUGUGUGUGUGUGUAAUGCUAUGCAAUGUUCAGUAUGAAUGCAUUAACACUCACCUAACAGUGACAUUGGUUUUGGUUAAAAUGUUUGUCUGGGCUGUUACAGUACUUCUUACUUAGGUUCAUAGGUAAUAGAGUUUACAUGUGGUUUAUGAAUUUAGUUCUCUUAACAGUUCAGAGUUCCUGUUCCUAAAGGUUCUUGAGGUCCAAAGGUGUGCUGGUUACAAGAAACUGAAAUGGACCAAAGCCUGGAGAUCAGUUUGCCUGAUUAGUCAAGCCUGCUGUUUCCUCGUUCUUGAUUGUCUGAGCAUCUCUGAACUAUUUAAUUAGCACUGGGUGGAUGUGCAGGAGCAGGGUCAGUGACCUGUUUUGGGGCGUUGUCUUACUGCUGGACCUUUAUGGUAACCUGUUGUGAUCACGAGCGUGUGGGAUGCAGAGACUGUGCAGCACACUAACAAACUACGACAAUCGUCCAUACCGGGGUGUCUCUUGUAGACGCGACUGGACACGCUGCUGCCGUCACUCUCUAGUCAAAAACUGGAAUUCUUAACCAGAUUAAUUCCGGCUCGUGAGCAACAACAACACAGUUUUUUUUUUUUUUUUUCUCAUCAGACUUUAAAUAUCGUUCUUUUUCCUGUAGGUGGUGUGAGGUUGCAAUGUUUUGGGAACAUGACACAAAAUAGGUCAGCUUUAAACAUUCAGGGCCUAGAAAAUCAGCCUCUUUCACAAUGAUUUGUCAACGUUAUCUGUAGAAAUAGAAGUGAAUGAUUUGAAAAUGGAAAGCAAAUUGAGGGUGGUGUGCGCAGCUUCAACCGUGAUUCCAGCUUUUGCUUUCCAAGCUGUGCUGCAUUCUUGCUUUCCACUUGAUACAUCAUGACCAUGGUGAGAGCGCACGUACCAUCCUCUGUCUACGCCGCUCCAAAUGUAAAUGAUUUCAUUCUUGGUCCUUACGUCACCCUUCCAGUGAAAACGUUAACCUCCGUGCAGGAAACCAGUGAAUCAUUUCAGAUUCCUGUGAACGGCUGUCCACUGUUGUAGUACCACUGAUUGUCCGGGGGUGGGGGUGGUGACAUGGCCAAACCCAGCUCAGCAUCUUGUGCUAAUUUCAGCUUUUCUGUUCUAUUAUAGUUUCAUUGAUUGCUUUAUAUGGAUCGGGUUAAUGACGGCUGUUUCUGUGAACAUCUUGAUUUUUUUUUUUUUUUAAAGAAAAUAAUUAGGCCUUGUGACUGUUUUAUAGAUGGACUGUGAAGUUCUUGUUACACUUGGCUCUGCUUUAAUCACAUUUUUUUUUUUUGUGCUCCCCCCCUUGUUGGUGAUAUGUUUCAGGGUUCUGAUCAUUUAUUUAGCUACAAACAUUUAUUUUUAAAUCUAAACUGUUACUGCACAUGUUACCUUCUUAAUGAUGAAACAGAUCAUGAUGCUGCACUACAUCUGUCUCUAACUUUGACAGUCUGCUAAAAAGCCAAGCUUUACUUUAAGAUGUGACCUGUGAAUUUAACACUUUGUUUGCUUAUUUUUAAGUAAAUCAACUCUUAUUUAUUUUGUGCAUCAAAUCAGAAUUCAUGAAAUUAGGUAGAAAACGGAAUGAGCAGUCAAAGUAAAUUGUAUUGAUUGGUUCA